AAUGCCGGCCUCCCUCCUAGGAGCCCCAGGUUGCAUAUGAGUCCCGCUAUGGGUCGAUCCCUACCACUUCUGCCCCUAUCUGCCUCAGUGUCUCUACUGGGGGGCCUGACAUUUGGGUAUGAACUGGCAGUCAUAUCAGGGGCUUUACUGCCACUGCAGCUUGACUUUGGACUGAGCUGCCUGGAACAGGAGUUCCUGGUGGGCAGCCUGCUCUGGGGGGCUCUCCUCGCUUCCUUGGGUGGCGGAUUCCUCAUUGAUUACUAUGGUAGGAAACAAGCCAUCCUUGGGAGCAACUUGGUUCUGCUAGCAGGAAGCCUGAGCAUGGGCCUGGCUGGCUCCCUGGCCUGGCUGAUCGUUGGCCGUACAGUAACUGGCUUUGCCAUCUCACUCUCUUCCAUGGCCUGCUGCAUCUACCUGUCAGAGCUUGUGGGAACACAGCACCGGGGAGUACUGGUGUCACUCUAUGAGGCAGGCAUCACUGUGGGCAUCCUGGUGUCCUAUGCUCUCAACUAUGCUCUGGCCAGUGUCCCCUGGGGGUGGAGGCACAUGCUUGGCUGGGGCGCCGCACCUGCCCUUUUGCAAUCAAUCAGCCUCCUCUCAUUGCCUGCUGGGAUUGGUGUAGCUGCAGCUCACCAGGAUCUCAUCCCUCUCCAGGACAGAGAGAACACUAAGCUGGGACUGGGACAGCCCAGCUACUCCUUUCUAGACCUCUUUCGGGCACAGGAGAACAUGCGAGGCCGGACCACUGUGGGGCUGGGAUUGGUGCUUUUUCAGCAGCUAACAGGGCAGCCCAAUGUGCUGUAUUAUGCCUCCACCAUAUUCCAUUCAGUUGGCUUCCAAGAAGGAUCCUCAGCAGUGCUGGCAUCAGUGGGUCUUGGUGCAGUGAAGGUUGUGGCUACCCUGGCUGCCAUGGGGCUGGUUGACCAAGUGGGUCGCAGGGCCUUGCUGCUGGCUGGCUGUGCUCUCAUGGCCCUGUCAGUCAGUGGUAUAGGCCUCGCCAGCUUUGCCCUGCCCAUGGAUGCAGGCCCAAGUUGCUUGGACACCAAUGGCACCAGCCUGUCAGGCCUCCCUGAAAGGUCAGACCUGUUCAGAGAUCACUCUGCAUCUCCAAUGCCAUCUGCCCAUAAGAACUCACAGUUGUUGGACAUGUCAGCCUUUGAGAAAAGCAAGCCUCACUCUAGAGCCUGGGAUCCCACAGGGAUGUCCCCAGUGGUCCUACACACCACCUCUCCAGUACCCCUUUCUUCAGCCUCAGAGCAUGCCCUGCUGCCCUGGAUGGCACUAGUCUGUAUGAUGGUAUUUGUGAGUGCCUUCUCUUUUGGAUUUGGACCAGUGACCUGGCUGGUCCUCAGCGAGAUCUACCCCACAGAGAUUCGAGGGAGAGCCUUUGCUUUCUGCAACAGUUUCAACUGGGCAGCCAACCUUUUCAUCAGCUUCUCCUUCCUCAACCUUAUUGGUACCAUUGGCUUGUCCUGGACCUUCCUGCUCUAUGGGCUGACUGCAGUCCUUGGCCUGGGCUUCAUCUUUUGGUUUGUCCCUGAAACAAAAGGCCAGUCAUUGGCAGAGAUAAACCAGCAAUUCCAGAGACUUGGUUUGAGUUUAGGACCCAGGCAGAGCCCAACCCGUGUCCAGUACAGUCGCGUCCAGGCCUCAGCGGACCCCUGAGUCUAUGUGUAGGAAGAUGUUGGAAUUGGGGCUCAAAUAUGAACUUCCAGGUUCCUGACCUCCCAGAGGAAGGCUGGGGUAAAGGGCUGUGAAUUCUGAAGACUACACCUCAGGUGCUAAGGAUUCUUGAGGAGCUGCUUCCUUGCCUCGAUUUGUCCCCACUGACUCUGCACAUCUCUACAGUCCUUGCAACAAGGGUGUCUUCUGGGGACUGGUUGCUCCAUGUGUUUUCC